UGGAUGGAUGGAUGGAUGGAUGGAUGGAUGGAUAGAUAGAUAGAUAGAUAGAUAGAUAGUGUGCUCACUCACAAACACGUUGGGUUUUCAUGUUUUAUGAGGACUCUCCAUAGACAUAAUGGUUUUUAUACUGUAAAAUCAUAAAUAAGUAGGCCUAUGAUUUAUACGCCUUUUCAUAAUGGGGACCGACUUCUUGUCAAAAUGUUCCGGUUUUACUAUACUUGUUGGAACAUUUGGUCCCCAUAACGUAACACACGGACACACACACAAACAAACAAACAAAGAAGUCUUAUUAACUUAAUAACUACCAUUACAAUAUCGCGCAUGCUUAUAGUCUGUCUUUCCCAAGACGUUGUCUAUUCUGUGAACAGUUCUGUCUUGUUAUUUUUAGCAGGGUGUAGCCUACAUUAAGGCUCGGCGCCUGGGUUUCACACACAUGAAUGGGGAAGCAACAAGGCAAGACUGUGUAUUCAUCAGUAUAUUAAAUAUAACUUGUUAUAUUUAAAUAGUAUAUACGAGUGCCUCACCUUUGACCAUUAGUCAUUGUAAAGUAAUGUUAGUAAUAAUGUAGUUUCUGUAUGAAGAUAGUUGGCAGAGACGGUGUUUGUGAUGAUCUGAGUGGUCAUUAUAGACACAGAUAAUAAAUAGGUCGGUGUCAGUAGUGUACAAGAGUCAGUACAAGCGGAACCGGACACCCUCUUCGGUCUGUCUGUGGUAUCGGGUCCAGUUAUCCCGAAUGAAAAUGGCGUCCGCCGGGCCACCCGACACGGGCAUAUCUGCCCCUCCAGGGUCCAGCGGAGUUCGAAAAAUGACUGCAACAGAGGGUCCUGGAUCAUCUCAGAGUAUGAAGAAGACCAUUGGUCACCGGGGAGUUGAUCCCACAGGGGAAACGACUUACAAAAAGACGCCCUCCUCUGCCCUUAAAGGUGCCAUCCAGUUGGGCAUCACGCACACGGUGGGCAGCCUCAGUCAGAAAGCCGAGAGAGACGUCCUCAUGCAGGACUUUUAUGUAGUGGAGAGCAUCUUUUUCCCCAGUGAAGGAAGUAAUUUGACUCCAGCACAUCACCACGGUGACUUUAGGUUUAAGACCUACGCUCCAAUCGCCUUCCGCUACUUCAGAGAACUCUUUGGCAUUCGACCUGACGACUAUCUGUACUCUCUGUGUAAUGAUCCCUUAAUUGAACUGUCCAACCCUGGAGCGAGUGGAUCAAUAUUUUAUGUCACUAGCGAUGAUGAGUUCAUCAUUAAAACAGUGCAGCACAAGGAAGCAGAAUUCCUGCAAAAACUGCUGCCUGGAUACUUCAUGAAUUUGAAUCAGAACAAGCGGACGUUGCUUCCAAAGUUUUACGGCUUGUAUUGCGUGCAGGCGGGUGGAAAGAAUAUCCGUAUUGUGGUAAUGAAUAACCUCUUGCCGCGCUGUGUGCCUAUGCACCUCAAAUAUGACCUUAAGGGUUCCACAUGCAAGCGACGUGCCUCCCCUAAAGAGAGAGAGAAGACCGUACCCACUUACAAAGACCUAGACUUUAUCCAGGACAUGCCCGAGGGCAUCCAACUAGAACCAGACAACUACAACGCCCUCUGCAAAACUAUCCAGCGAGACUGCCUGCUGCUACAGAGUUUUAAGAUUAUGGACUACAGUCUGCUGGCGGGGAUCCAUAAUGUGGAUCUGGCAUCUCGUGAGAGGAUGGGUGUGGUGGAGGGCGGGAUGACAGAGGGGGCCAUGACACCGGACCACAGGAGACCGCUGGCUCAGAAAGCUCUAUACAGCACCGCCAUGGAGUCCAUACAGGGAGAGGCCAAAGGGAAAGGAACCCUGGAAACAGAGGACCAAUGGGGAGGAAUCCCAGCACGCAACAGCAGAGGAGAGAGGAUUCUGGUUUAUAUUGGGAUCAUCGACAUCCUGCAGUCGUACAGAUUUGUAAAAAAAAUAGAGCACUCCUGGAAGGCCUUGGUCCAUGAUGGGGACACAGUAUCUGUGCAUCGGCCAGGAUUCUAUGCUGAGCGAUUCCAACGUUUCAUGUGCAACACAGUUUUUAAGAAAGCACUUAAGUCAUCCCCAUCAAAGAAGAGUCGAGGAGGUUGUUCCAGUCUUGUGAGACGACUUCCCAUGGGUAUUGCUGCUCCUGCCCCCAGUGGACAGAUGGUCACUGAUGCCAGACUCGUGUACCAUACUCAUCUUAACCAGGUUGAUACAGAAGGAGAGAGCAGUAUGCAGCCAGGCAGACCUGACCUGCUCCCACAGAUGGAUCCUUUGGCUGGAAGCUCCAGUGAGUUUGCAGAGACAAAUCUGUCCAACUCCUCACCGGGCAGCAGAGGAAGGACAUCAUCAUCGCCUCCUCAAAGGUCAGUAGGAGUGGAGGUGCAUAAAUCUGCUAUCACAGAGCCUGAUAACAACAGCACGGGAGCUGAAUGCUUUGAUGAGCAGUUAAACAAUGAAGACGCCAUUUCACUUAAAGUCAUCAUCCCAGAAACUGACAUUUGUUUUUAAAUGUAGAGCAGACUGAUUACAGAGGCAUGUUUGAACAGAAGAGAUGAGUGCACAGAAACUCAAGGAAGAUGAUGGGUGCCUCUGAGCGCUGGUAUGAAGGUUUUUUUUCUCUGAAUGGGAGCUUUGGAAAGAACUCCGGGUGCUCAGCACAAGAGAUAAUGAGAAGUAUUUUAUAGAAGAGUGAAAGAGAGGGAAAGACGAGAUGGCAACAGAUGAGAUUGGUUUGAUGGUUUUCCUCUCUCUUUCUCUAACUGCACAGGAGAUGCUGCUAAAGAUCUUUUUAACCACAAACUUUAAACAAAAUCAUGAGAAGUGAUGUUAGUUCUCAGUCUCACAUUUACCACACUUGCUCUCAAAACGGAGCAUGCAGAAAUGCACAAACUCAUUUUCUUAGCCUAGUGCUGGGAGAAGACACGUAUAAAACAUGCAGUUAGUCAGCACCACUUUAUAUUAUUCUGGAUUAGGAGGCUUUAUUCAGGAUAUCUGUUGCAUAAAUCAUUAUUAGCAUAGCUCUUUAUUUAUAUAGGUCUUUAAACCUGUAGAUUCUCUCUGAACUGGUGUGUCUUGGAUGAAUGGCUGCUAGCGGUCUAGUGUAUUGAUCUCAGAACACAACUUUUGCUUUAUGCUGUGAUGAUGUGUGUGUAGAAAGAUAAUCAGAAAACAUAUUUUUCUUCAGUCAUGCCUAUAUAUACUUGAGAAGGCUAAUGAUGACUUUUACAUUUUUUCCGUUAAACUGAUGAGAGCAUCUCAUUGGUGGGAUUUUCAACUUUUUCUGCAUUAAGACAGCAUGUGCCCUUGAAUAGACAAUAACUGACCAAAUAUGAUUCCCACUUUGUUAGAAAUGCAUUUGAAUGUUAUAGAUGAACGUUUACAAUAGAGUAUCUUCUAUAAAGUCCUGAAUAGAUGCCUAGUAUUUCUUGGUGGGCAUCAAUGUUGCUUCCAUGAUUGCCUUCUCUAUUUAAGGUGCCACUCAGUUCAUUUAGUUCUUCUGCGUUAAGUUUUUCCUCUUCAUUUCUGAUGCCUGGGUUUGCCUUUGCAUCUCUAUGCAUCUGUCUUUUGAGUUAAUUUCUCUCUCUCUGCCAGUGGCAAGUUGCCCCUCCAUAUCUGGACCAAUUAACUGUCAGAGUAGAGAAAUGGACAGACAUGCUUGCACGUCAUACUCUAAUCUUUUUUUAUGCAUAUUCUGCUGCCAUUCCAGGGCUCCCUGGAAUUUCCAUGUACUGUAUAUAGUUCUGUAAAUAUUCCUUCUGUAUUCUUGUACAUGUUAUAAAAUGCUAAUAAUGUGCACAUCAGUUAUUGUUUUUUAACUAACACUGUAAUGAGUUGACAGACUAAUUGAUGUGCCAUGACGUCUUCCAAUCAUCUGCCUUAAUGCAGCUCUUGAAAGCAGUGCUUUUGUAUGAAAACACUCAUUUCUGCUGGAUACAGAAAUUACAUGGCCUCCAAACACACAGACCAACAUGGAUCUUCAUAAGGUCAUUUCAGAUAUACAUGCAUUUUUCCUAUUUACUUUCACUUUCAUACUAACCUAUUUUCAUACUAAACCUUUUGUCUGACAUUCCUAUAAUGUAUAAAGAAGACUGACAAACCUUCUGCAAUUUAAAUUUAAGGAAUGUGAGCUGAAAUUGCAUAUUAAUGAGUUGUAUUCUCUGUACAUGAGAAAUCUACAACUGACUCCCAACAGCACAAAACAUGAUUUGUAACUACAGAACCUUUCCUAGGUACAGAUUAACUCACCCUGAGAAUAAACUAAUAAUUUAAACGAACCGAGUAAAUAAAAAAGGAAGACAAUGGACACUAAAAGGGCACAUAUAAACAUUUUAGUUAAAAGAGGAGCUGGAAAGGAACCCAAGGAGCCAUUGGGACAGUGUAAGCUCUCCGAAAAAUCUGCCUUCCCAUUAUGUAAACAAUACAGCUUCUGUCUCUCAUCACUUAGAUCAUACACUUGAACAGAGGAAGUAGUUUUAAAUGGGACCCAUCAUUUGACAUUACUUUCACUUUCUUAAGUGCCCUACCAUGCGUUUCUCCUUGGCAGUAACUCGAUUGUAUGAGCUGAUUUCAGUCCUUCAGAGGCCCGGAUAUCUCUGCCACACAGAUCUGUAACUGUACAGUCUUGAAGUAUUUAGAAGAAGUGCUGACUGUAUUGGACUGAGUCCUGAACAAUACUUCUGUGUUGUUUCUAUUGAAAACAGUUGGUUGAUUUAAUUCUCUCAAAAGCAUUGGUGUGGGACUGAACUGAUCUUUUGCCAAGGAUUUGCCUUUGCGUGACCUGCAGUGAAGUUUUCAUGCAAAUAGAAUAUGCACCUGAAGUACGUUAACAGUCUUUCCCAGGACUGGUAUUGAAGACAGUACAGAAUAACCAUCUAUCUUCACAGUGGAUGCAGUAUUUAUGCACAUUCAAGUUUAUUUUUGUUUUUAUAUAUAUAUAUGUAAGAAAUCAGAUUGUUGAAGUUAUAGACCGAAGUCAAUUAGUUUUAUGCUGAAGUAAAGGCAAAUAUUGGGUUUUGUUUGUCGAGUUGGGAAAAUUUAUUUAUUAUUUGCUUUUGCUCUUUAGGUUUGGGUCAUUUCAAUGUAUUUUGUUUUGUCAUUUUGUAAUUCAAGUUUUGUCAUAUGUCUCACAUUAAAUCUUGUACAGAACAUUUUGAUCAUGCACCUUAAUGCUGCACAAAACUUAAUAUGACUGGUAUUGGUAUAAUAGCAAAACUCGUCUAUCCCACAGACAGUUUUGUUCUUUAAAGGGUAACUAAACACCUGCUCAGAGUCUGACUCCACCCACUAGAAAUAUUUGAAAAUGCUGGAAAAGUGGGCAGACCCCGGCGGGGAUAGAGGAACGA